GCGUCGGCGGAGGCGGCGGCGGCGGGGCGCGCGGGUCGGCACGGAUGCUGGACCUGGCCAAAAUGCCGACCGACGGGCUGGCCCACCUCCCUGCCGAGGUGCUCUCCGCCCAGUCGCAGGCCAUGUACCACUUCAACAAGUACUACGCCGAGCGUGUGCAGGCGCGCAAGCUGGCCGUGGCUAAGACGGUGCGCGAGGUGUGCAAGGUAGUGCAGGACAUCCUGAAGGAGGUGGAGGUGCAGGAGCCGCGCGUCAUCUCCUCGCUCACCGAGUGCAACGGCCGCUUCGAGGGGCUCGAGGUGCUCUCGCCCACCGAGUUCGAGGUGGUGCUCUACCUCAACCAGAUGGGCGAGUUCAACUUCGUCGACGACGGCACCAUCCCCGGCUGCUCGGUGCUCAAGCUGAGCGACGGCCGCAAGCGCAGCAUGUCGCUCUGGAUCGAGUUCAUCACCGCCUCGGGCUACCUGUCGGCGCGCAAGAUGCGCGCCAAGCUGCAGACGCUGUGCGCGCAGGCGUGCGACAAGUCGCACUACCGCGACUGCGUCAAGAUGAUCGGCGACACGACCGAGGUCAAACUGCGCAUCCGCGACCGCUACGUGGUGCAGGUAACGCCGUCGUUCCGCUGCGCCGGCGUGUGGCCGCGCUCGGGCGCCCACUGGCCCGUGCCCGGCAUCCCGUGGCCCAACCCCAGCCUGGUGGCCGAGGUCAAGGCCGAAGGGUUCGACCUGCUCAGCAAGGAGAGCCAGGCCGUGCAGAGCAAGCAGAACUCGAUGGAGGGCGACGCUUGGGUGCUGAGCUUCAACGAGGCCGAGAACCGGCUGCUGUACGGCGGCUGCCGCAAGCGGGUGCUGUCGCUGCUGAAGACGCUGCGGGACCGGCACCUGGACCUGGCCGGCAACCCCGUCACCUCGUACCACCUCAAGAUCCUGCUGCUGUACGAGUGCGAGAAGCACCCGCGCGAGCUCGAGUGGGACGACACGGCCAUCUACGACCGCAUCCUGGGCCUGCUGGUGCAGCUGAUCUCGUGCCUGCAGAACCGGCGCUGCCCGCACUACUUCCUGCCGGCGCUCAACCUCUACAAAGGCAUCUCGCCCGCCGCCAUGGACACGGCCGCCAAGCAGGUGUGGCGACUCCUCAGGGACAUCAUGUUCAACCCCAAAGCGCUGGAGACAUUGUGAGGCAGCCGCUUUCGGCGGCGGCGCGGUGUGCCGCGGCCGCGAGCAGUGCCGACGCGUCAGGACUGCGGUCCGCUGCCGCGCUCGCGCGUCACCCAGCCCGCCGUCCAGCGCGCCGUCCGCGCCCGCGCACCAGUGACCGCCCAGUGAUCCACGCGGCGUCGGGAUCGCCGACGCGCCAUCCCGCCAGCCGCCUGUUUUCUUUGUUAUUUAUUUUCUAGUUGACGCCAAUACAGUGAUAUAUAUA